AUGGACGUCGGUCUUCUUUCUCCUAUGUCCUGGUCCUCGCCGGAAUCACCAGACUCGCCUAUUCCACGUCUAAUUGAGAAAGCACUACUGGCGCAUGGCUUCGGUGCACGCCUUCUCACCCGCACUCGAGUACCAAUCAUCAAGCUCUGCGAAAAGCCUGGUGAAAGACUUCGUUUGGACUUGUUGGACGCGCGAACUAAGUGGGAGAAAGGAAUAAUAGACGAUAGUAACGAGGCGGUAGAUGAUGUUAUAGACGAUCAAGAUGCCCCUGACGGUGCUAUUGCUGCCCUGGCUAUCGCCGAAAUCGAAAAUUUGUCGCCUGGUGGCCAGCACCAAGACUCACAAACACGAUCUGGCCCAGUGGAAAGGACCUAUGAGGAGCAGCUUGCUUCCUUGAAGCAAGCCGACUCUCAAUCGUUGGUAGCGUAUUAUCAUAACGCGAAACGCCUUUUACGACGAUUAAAUGGUCGUGAUAUCACCAUAUCAAAUGCGACAGAUUUCAAAGACACCGACUACAAGAUUCUCGAUGACGUCGCCAAUGUCUUCAUUAAUGGACUCCAUGAUAGGGAUUUGAAACGACGAAUACAGGCAUACCCAUCCUUCUCUUUCGAUAUCACAUCAGAGCCGUCUAAUCGCCGUUCGCUCGUAGGUGCCUUUAUGAUGGUGGAAGGCGAGCAACUUGCGACCAUCUGGGAAACGCAGGCAAUGAUAGAAAAGAGCAUCCAAUUGAGGCCAGAUUCUAAAUUUGUUGUUCAAACCUGGAAAGAUAUCGCGUGCAAGAAGAUCUUCGGUACAGAACCCCUUACACUAAAUCGGGAACUUCAUUUAGCUCUUGAACAUCUUCGUAAGAUCCCAUUGGUGCAACUUAUACAGCUUAAGCAAGAUCAAUACGAGUCACCAACACAAUACCACACAAGAGCGAUCCAGAUCACGAACGGCCUUUGUCCCGCUCGUCCACCAUCAAAUAGGUCUUUCCUCCCUGAGAUCUCCCAGCACUAUAUUUCGGGCAUCCGUGAUAAGCAUGUGAGAGAUGAGGUUCAAAAAUUCGCAAGCUGCACCGGAGUACAGAGUCUGAGGACACUGGCCAGGAAGCACAAAAGCAUCCAUCUUGCCACUGAAUACGAAAGGGCCAUCGAGAAAGGACUGUACCGUGAAGAGGAUAUUCCAGCCAUUAAAGAGUACAUGAAAAUCCUUCAGGGAGACUUUUUGCACCAGACACUAGGUACCGAUAAACCCAUAGUUGAUGCGUUCGACUUCGUAGUCCCAGCUACCAAGAAAACAACGGAGCUAGUCGGAAAGAUUAGACAACUCCCUGACCCAUCCAAGCUUGCACCAAAUAAGCCAAGGGACCGGUAUCACGAUAGCUUGGAGUUUCCUAAGAAUGGAGUUGGUGUACAGUGCGAUAUCAAUUUCUCAGCCCACUUAGCCCUCCAGAAUACCUUGCUCCUACGCUGUUACUCCUACACCGACCCCCGUGUUAGGCCUAUGGUCCUCUUCGUAAAGCACUGGGCUAAGGCUCGCGGCAUCAAUACACCAUAUCGCGGAACCCUGAGCAGUUAUGGUUAUGUUCUAAUGGUAUUACACUACCUUGUCAAUGUUGCAGUACCAUUCGUAUGCCCCAAUCUUCAACAGCUCGCCCCCCCUGAUCCGAACCUACCAGUAGAAGAUCUUGAGGAUGUUACCACAUGUAAGGGCUGGAACGUUCGAUUCUGGAGGGACGAAGAAGAGAUCCAAAGGCUAGCGCAUCAAGGCCAUCUCAACCAAAAUCAAGAAUCCCUCGGAUCAUUGCUAAGAGGAUUUUUCGAGUACUACGCGCAGAAUCACGUAAUGAGCACUACUCGCAAACGUGGUUUCGACUGGGGCCGGGACGUAUUGAGUUUGCGAACGCAUGGAGGGCGGCUCUCAAAACAAAAAAAAGGUUGGACAGGAGCGAAAACAGUCCUGCAGUUAGAGACAGGUGCUCUUCCAGACCCAGCCAAAGCGGGGGUUAACAACGAGGUGAAAUCACCUAUAGACGGCAUCGGACAGCAAGCUAUAACCAACACACAAAUUGGGCAAUUUAAUUCUACGGAAGGUGCCCUGGUACCACUGAGCAAACCAAAAGAAUUGAAGGAAGUUCGUCAUCGAUACCUCUUUGCAAUCGAAGACCCGUUCGAACUUGAGCACAAUGUCGCUCGGACUGUAACUCAUAAUGGCAUUGUGUCCAUUCGAGACGAGUUCCGGCGUGCGUGGAGAAUCAUCAGAACUGCCGGCAAAAAUGGGCAAGCUGUAGAGAAUCUGCUGGAGGAUGCCAACGCGGAAAGCGAAAAGACGGAGGGAAAGCAAUUCACAGAACUAUUAGAGGAGAUACAUGGACCAAGUAUCUUCUCGAGUUCUGCAACGAACUAG